AGAUCUACGCGUAACACCACGUGAUAGUUCGCGUAUAUACAUAUAUGCAAUAGAUUAAGUGAAAACAAUAUCAAAUAGCUGGUUGCUAUACUAGAUCACUUGUAAACUCGCAAGUGCACAUUAAUUCCCCUAUUGUAAAGCUAUUUUACAGUCUGUUGGUCAUGUCGAAGGGAGUGGGUACUGCGCUGGGCCUGAUAGUAGCAGGAGUUGGGGGUUACUUCCUGGUUAAGAAUGCUGUUGAUCUUGGACUAGGCAGAGCAACAUGUAUAGGACAUAAUAGAGAUAGUACCUGUACCUGUGCAUGCAAUGAAAUAUGUACAUGUGCUUGUAGUAUUGAAGUAAGUACGUGUGAUAAUGAGGGUGGCCAGGAAGUUAUUACCAAUGAAUGCAAAAUACACACUCAUCAAAGCUACGAGUUUGAUCUGGAUAUGGGCGUACUGGAAGGACAAAGCAGUUCCGACAGCCACUCAGAGACUGACACUAAGGAUGACUUGCACGACAGUGCGCUAUCCAGUGAAUGCAACAACAGCAAGGCGGGGACUGUGCUCACACGCGACACUAAUGUGCACACAUACGACACGCACACCACUAACCAGAUAGGUCGGCUGUUGGCACAAGAUAAACCUGGUACAAUGGAAGUUGCAACGAAUGAGCAUGCAUUGAUGGCAUCGCUUGUGAACUCAGCAGCAAGCACUCACAACCACGCGAGUAUCCGAAAAUAUGGACUUGUUGACAAGGCGUGCGCGGAGAUCUUGGCGUCAGAUAGUGUGAGCGAAGGUGAUAUGACUGAGGAUAGGGAGAGGCAUGUUGUACGUGGCAAGAGAUCGAGUGCGAGUGUAGAUAGACGUGUGAAUGCGUUGGCGGUGAUUGCUAAUAUGGCUGUGAAUGUGGAGAAUAGCUCGGAGAUGCAGCAGGCAGUCGGGGCUGUGUGUGCAUUGUUAGAAAAGGUCGCACGCGAGCUGAACGGGUCGUGUGAGUUUGAUGAGAUGGAGACAGACAGCAGUAUUCUUCACACACAGAAUACUACUGGAAUUCAUACGCAUGCGAACAUUAGUAUACACACCCACAAGCAUGCGCCUACACCUCCUCCGCAACAAGAGAAAUUACAAGUACUUGUAGCAUCCGAAGAGGAGAGUCACGGAGAGAGUGCCACAUCAAAGAUUACAUAUGUCCCAUCUGAUGCUGAGGCCGUGAUGGCGCUGAAAGCUGCGCUGAAUCUGUCAACGUGCGAGGAGCACCACAGCGCACUCAUAGCGUGCAAAGUGCCCGAUUAUGUUGUGAAGUUUAUGGCUUGCGAUACACUUGGAGGGAUAUUCACGCCCCUCGUACAUAAGUCUACCAACAAGGAUACACGAGCACACACACAGUCGCACGCACGCGCGAAGAAGGAAAGCACUAAUGCUGGACUUGCACAGGCACCACUUGUGAUUUCUAAUGGCAACGCAGCAUGUCACUACACCGCUGAGCGAAGAGCGCAGGCGUAUCGCGUGGCUGUAAACCUCAGCACAUCAACUGAUGGCGCGCUUGCGUUGGUGAAAGCGGGAGUGGUACCGUGUCUGGUGAGUAUGUUGAAGCUGCGUAGAGACGAUGAAGAGCUGGAUAUGUUGCGGCGAUUAUUGGUGUGUACGUACAACUGCGUACAGGCUGUUAUCUCGGUCCAUACGGACGGCCAGCAACGGGAGGAAGCCACUCAAAUUGAUACUAGUGCAAAAGCCAAGAGCAAUAACAAUGUAGGCGAGUCUGAGCGUGGCAACUCGCGGGUGGUAUUGAGUGGUAGGGAUGAGGUGUAUGAUAUCUGCCGUGUGCUCGCGAAACGAGCCAACGAUGAUGAACACCGUGCAGAAAAGGUGCUCACACUCUUGGUGAAUGUACAGGAUGCUGACUUGUGAGAAUGAUCUUAGCGCGAAAUGACAGCCACAAUUGGCUAAGAAUUCCAGUAUAACACCAGUGGUACAUAUCACCCCAAGUAUGGGGGAGAUGAUGAGAGAGAAAAGGGUGCAGACUAUCUUGGAGACUACAGUGACCACAAGUGUGUGGCGAGCAGAAAAAGUUGAACUAACUGCUACAAGGUGCAGCAAACGCUAAGUACGAUGAGUUCAUUCGAAACGGGGAGACUAUUGCACUUUCACAUCGUGCUGGCAUUGCUCAAGUCCGAAUGGGAUCAGUGGCCUUGCCUGUGCACUCGAUUAGUUUUGAUGGAUUUUACACGUUUGAGGGGACGAGACAGCCUAUAUGCUACGGAAAAGCCAUAUGCAGACUUGUUUCCGAGGUAGCGCUAUUGGAUGGAUACAUGGAAUCGCUUGGAAUUGAACCCGGUUUUAGCGCACAAGCGCCCGCCCGCCCGAAAGCAAAACUGCACACCCAUAUGGCAUUCAACUGAACUAUACAUAUAAUACACAUAUAUACGAUUGUAUAACCCAUAUAGGAAAAACAUUAUCUACUGCCACUCCCCGUCGGACUUGCACUUGGAUUGCGAUUGUUGUGGUGUACAAUCAAUGAACAUGCAUGGCAGCCAUGAUCCUAUUGACCCAUAUCAACGACAGUACACGUAUGUCCUCACCACAAUUUGUCAAAACAACAACUCAGUGGGGCGGAGGCAGCGCCUGCGUUAAAGUUAUUACAGCGUACUCUCAGAUCAUACAAUCGUCUCGAGUAUGUGAUUGAGAAUGCUGGAACGGCUGUAACUGGUGUGCGUUCUCGCUCAUUGUAUGAAAUGAAAACACCCAGAAAUGUGGGACUUUCGCACGCCAAGAAUCAACAGUCUUAUGUACAUCUACACGCCAUACAGCACAUAGCGCCACACAUAUCACCAAUUUCAGAUACUGAAGUGAUAAGUACAUUAAAUUAUCAACAACUGC